CACAACAGAGCAAGGGACGCCACAAUAUGAUGGACCUUUUUGAGACCAACACUUAUCUUUUCAAUGAUUUGCGCUACUUGGAAGAAGGGGAUCAUGGACCACUGCAGCACCUGGACAUGGCGGGGGUGUCCCCGCUUUACAAUGGCAAUGACAGCCCGCUGAAUGAGGAUACUAUUCCGUCAGAAACCGGAGGGGAAAGCAGCGGGGAGGAGCACGUCCUUGCUCCCCCCGGUCUUCGAGCGCACUGUGAGGGCCAGUGCCUCAUGUGGGCCUGUAAGAUCUGCAAAAGGAAAUCUGCGCCGACGGACAGACGCAAGGCGGCCACGCUGAGGGAGAGGAGGAGGCUGAAGAAGAUCAACGAGGCCUUCGACGCUUUGAAGAGGAAGACGGUGGCCAACCCGAACCAGAGGCUACCAAAGGUGGAGAUUUUACGCAGUGCUAUCAGCUACAUCGAGAGGCUGCAGGAGCUGCUGCAGACACUGGACGAGCAGGAGAAAAUGCAGAACGGAUCUUCACAAAACUUUGAUGCCAAAGAACACAGUGUGUCUGGUCACGAUUACCACUGGAAAAAGGCCUCAGAGUCCUGGCCGACCUCUGCUGAUCAUUCCACUGCAGCCAUGAUGAACCAGAGAGAAGGAAACGGUGAAUCUUCUGGAUCGUCCAGCCUCCUCCGUCUGUCAUCCAUCGUGGACAGCAUCAACAAUGAGGAAAAAGCCAGUAUCAACGAGGACGUCUCUGAAAACUAAACACUGAUAGCGAAUAUAUCGACUUAAAUCUAUUAUUGUAUUCUCCAUUAUUAUCUGAAAAGUAUUUCCGCUAUUUUUAGCCAUUCUGGUUUCUGUGUGUCUCUAUUUGUACAGCAGGAACAACAAAUUUGUACAUAUUUUAUAAAAAUGAUGAUGUUUAGAUUUAUUUAUUUUAUAUCAGAAGCAUACAAACUCUUUGAGAAAGCUGACAUUGUAUUUAAGUAUUUGUACAUAGCUGACCAAGGAAAUAAAUUGCUAC